GCAAAGGGCACUGAACUUAACUUCCCUUUAUUCCAGCUAAUGGAAAAAUGCUUGAAGUGUCUGAUUGCUGUAUGAACUGUACUCUUUGGGUCCAUUUUGUUUUGAAAUUCUUCUGUGGAGGAUUCUAAAUGGCUUCUGUUCUUUGAAACUGCUGGCUGUAACUUAUUUUAAUUAACCUCCAGCUUGCUGGUGGUUUGUCAAGUACAGAAUACACAAAUAAAUGUACUCCAAGGCCUGACGGACUGAAGACAGAAAAGUCGCCACUUUACAAGAAUGUGUUUGCAUUCUGUGCAUCAUGGAAGCCAAAGUCAACCAUUUACAAAGAUGUCUCAAUGGCAUUUAUAAGGUCAUUAGUGGUGCGAAUAAUAUUUUGUGUGGAAUCAGCCAGCCAUCUGUGUGCAGUGAAGUGCUGCAGUCUCCACAGGGAGUUGCUUACAUCUCAGGUGUCAGUGAGGUGUAUAAAGUGGCAAAGAGAGUGGAAGGAGGAAUGAAAGACUUGAAAAUCGACAGCGAAAAUCUCCAGGAUUGUCUGAGAGACAUUGAACUAACAUGGAACAACCUACAAGCAUUCCUCUCACUUAGUCCUUCCGUGUUACAUAUGCUGUGUUCUGAACAGACCCUUGACUGUUUAGCCGUCGCAGAUUCAGCAAAUGAUCAGAAUGAAACCUGUGGAAUAUGCCUGCUCAGAACAGCCAAUGAACUUAAUGCAAGUACAAAUGAUUCAGACCGGCUGUUUGCUGCAUUGAACCUUGGGGCCGAUUGCUAAAUUUGAAUGGACACAGGGCAAAGUAAAUUCAGUGCUUUACAACAGUUGCUACUAUCAUGCAAGUUGUGCAAACUUUUGGUUAAACUGCGUGGAUUCAAAUUUACCAGGUCUUAUUGCAGUUGAUGGAAGAUCUCAGGCUUUGGAACAAGCAAGUUAAAGAUUGUCUUGCUGUUCCUGCAUUGAACUGCAAACAAGUGUUGCACAGGUUGUGAAGGUUUUACUCUUCCUGUGGCCCGAUGAAUGUAAAUGAAUGUAAAUUAUAUUUAUUCUUGGAAAAGGAAGAAUUCUUUACAAAAUAAAUAAUUUUGUCCAUGGCUCAUUGUAUUAUAUAUGAGGAAAAAUACCUUAAUGCAUUCUAUAGACAAUGUAAAAAUAGACUGAAUAAUCAUGCAGACAGGUUUGGCCACUGUUUUUAUCCAUUAAUUUAGUCCAACAUCGUACUGCCAAUCUUUGCCCACCUGGGUGGGAUUUCUCUAAGCUUGUAUUUCUAUUUUUGCCUGGAUGUACUUAACUUAGUUGAUAGAUUACUACCAACAUUCUCACUGAUGUGGUAAAGCACCAAUGCACUUCUCCAUUUUUCCGUCACUGGGCUUGAGUAUUCUAUCUAGCUGUAGAAGAGAAGGUAAAAAUCGAUGGGUAGAAGGUAAAGAGCAUUGUGAUAUUGUAAGCCCUUAUCAAGUGGAAAAUUUAUCUUACUGAAAAACAUUAAAACCUACAUUUCAGAUUAUUUGACAUACACUUAAGUGUAGGUCAUUCAGUCACUCAAAUCUUAUUAUUCAAUACAUCUUGAGUUAUAUAUUAUUUACUAGGCAUCACUGAGAAUACAUUAGUAAUUUUGCCUUUAGACUGAUUCACUUUAUGUAGUUGUGGCCAACUGCUAAAGAGAGAUAUUUCAAAUAUCUUGUGAUCUAUGAGUAAUCCAAAGAAGGUAUGUACUUUGUUGAAAGACUGCACUAUUAUGAAUGUAAUUUUACUUUGAGCUUUUUGAAAGUUCAAGUGGAUAAAAUGAAUGCUUAAGUGAAAGACUAAUCCUCAAACAUUCAUGUGCUGCUUAACUUGAUAAAUGUACACGUAGGUGCCUGGAACUUGGGCAUUUCAUAUACAAAUCACACAUAAAAUCCAUGUUAUUUUGGGUUAGAUUGCGCUAGUGAUUAUUUGUAGGUGAAAUGCUCUAGACAUCACCCUGUACAAUUCGUUUCACAGUGUCUGACGUUUACCUGGUGAUAGUGAUGCUUCUGUUCAAGUACUGACACUCUCUUCUCUCCUAUGCAAACUGGAGUCUUUAUACACAAUUUAUGGUCAUUGUUUAGCAUUGAAAUCACAGUUAUGAGUAGUGUAUGCUAGUUGAUUGCAUUUAUAUUUAUUUAAAAGGAUCAUGUUGCCUGGACAGUUUUGGAAUUGACUGCCAGUAGUUCAAAGUAAAUUAUGAAUAAAGUAUAUAUAUGAUAUCAUAUGCUACCCUGAGAUUAGUUUUCUGGUAGACAUUCACAGUAGAGGAAAGAAAGACAAUAGAAUCAAUGAGAAAUUUCACACAAAGACCAACAAACAACCAAUGUGCAAGAGGUUGCAAAUAUGCAAAUAAAAAACACAAAUAACAAUAAUUAAUAAAUAAGUACAUAAAUAAUACCGAGAGCACGAGUUGUAGAUUCCUUGAAAUUGAGUCCGUAUGUUGCGGAAUCAGUUCAGGGUUGAGUUGAGUGAAGUUAUCCACACUGGUUCAGGAGCCUGAUGGUUGAAGGGUAAUAACUGUUUCUAAACCUGGCUCCUGUACCUCCAAACGCCUUCUUGGCUGAUUUCCAAGUAGGUUACUCAACACCUCAAAGGAAGGGUGAAAUCCAAUAUCUAGCCAUAUGCACAAUAAGAUCGUGCCACAGAUGGGACAGAAGUACGCCAAGGCACACCCACUUCCACUGACGCUGCAGGUGCCAUCCUGAGUUGGCCCGAUAUGCCCAGCAGCAGAGUUUCAUUGUGAUAUCUGAAACAGCUGGAGGAUGCUUCACCCAUGGAAGCAGGACUUGAGUUGAUAGCUUAGGACCUUGUAUUUUAAAACAGAUGCCAGAACUUGCACCAAUCACAAUGACUAUCAUCCCUUAAUGCUGCACCAGCCUUGGCAGCUAGAUUACAGCAACACAUUCCACACUGGAAAUCCCCAGCCGGUCAGGCUGCACCAGGGGAGGGAGAGAGAAAUAAAUAUAAUGGUUCAGGUCACUGAUCUCUCCGGGGUGUUGAUGAUCAGUUCUCACAAUUUCUGAGAGAAACACAAGAUCACACAACCUCAACACAGAUCACAGCGUGAAAAGAGGCCCUUGGGACUACCAAAUCCAAAAUAACCAUCCACCACUCAUUUAAUCCACCUUUUCUAUUCACGUCAGCUCCAUAUUAGGAGUGAUUUAAAAUGGAAUGAGAAGACACAGGUGUGUUUUAUGUGCUGCCCAAUAGCCAAAAAAUUAUAUUAAACCAUUGAACUGAUAUUAUUAAGAGCAGAUAUUAUUCCAACUGUUUGCAUCAGCAUGAGAGAAACAACCAAUCAGAUUUGAUCAGUAUACCAGAAGCUUCCUCUGCACUCCAAAUAAUAGCACAGGUUUUAUAUCAGUCGUGUAAAUACUUAGGUAUGUCAGUUAAAUACAGAAUCUGAAAGUGUGCAAAUGACCAAUGAGUAAAGAUUAUAUGUCUUUUCUAGACAAUAAAGCUAUUGAUGUUCCA